AUGAAUUUUUCCACAAAUGCCCCCAGUGGCACUAAAAUAAUGAAAGAAAACAGUCACCCAUCCACCAAAAUGACUGUAUCCCAGUUUCAGCAGACCAGCAGGCAGAGGACUGUGCUGGGUGUCCUGAAUGAGAAUGAGCAGCAUGUGCGGUCCCAUAGCCAGGGCAGCCAGUUCUCCAGGCACAGCUCGCUCACUGAACGCUCUCAGCACACAUUUCUCUGCUGCACCUCCAGCUCCAGUUCCGAAGUCUACAUAGAGGAGGCCUGCGAGGUGGUGCUCGACAGCUCUGGGCAGGAAGAAGUUUCAGAUGACCAAAAUGAAGCAUUGAAUAAUGAAGAUGCAAGACUUCUGCUGGAGCUGUGUUCAAGUCUAUGUCAGGAUGUGUCCAUGCAUUCUGAAUACAAUGAGUUCCAUCUGUCAGACAAGGUUCAGUGUUCAGAGUAUGCUGAGGACAUCUACCGGCAUCUAAGACAAAAUGAGGUUCAAUUGCGCCCCCUACCGAAUUACUUGGAGAAACACCCGGAGAUCACUAAUGACAUGCGCAUCAUCCUGGUGGACUGGCUGGUGGAGGUAGCACAAGAGUACAAACUUUGCUCGGAGACGCUAUACCUCGCCGUCAAUUACCUGGACCGCUUCCUCACAAGCACCAUGUUUAUCGAAAGGGGAAAGCUGCAGCUGGCCGGCACGGCUGCAUUAAUGAUUGCCUCCAAAUAUGAAGAGUGUUUUCCUCCCGAGCUGACUGACUUUGUGUACAUUACGGACAGCACGUACACUAAGAGACAGUUGAUUCGAAUGGAGCACAUUUUUCUAGAAGUGCUCACUUUUAAGUUGACUGUCGCGACUGCAAAACAAUUUCUUCGCCAAUUCCUGGUAGUGCACCCAGUCAGUGUUACCACAGCAAAUCUGGCCAUGUAUGUAUCAGAAUUAAGUCUGCUGGAGAUUGACCCAUUUCUUCAGUACACACCGUCUAUAGUGGCAGCUUCAGCCUACUGCUUAGCCAAUUACACAGUGUCCAGGUCUCUGUGGCCAAGUGCAUUGCAAGCUUUUACUGGGUACACUUUAUCUGAAAUUGAAGACUGUCUGAUUGACCUCCAUAAAUUGUACGUAAAGGCAGAGAGGCUCCCUCAACUGGCCAUGAGGGACAAGUACAGGAGUUCAAAGUAUUGUCGAGUGUCACUGAUAACUGCACCUGCCACUCUGCCUUUCUAAUAAUCCACGGUUCCACACCCAAGCUUCAGGAUAAUGACAGAAGACCUGUGAUACAUUGGCCACACCCAC